AUGACCUCCCAGAUUUGUCAAAAUUAUUCCACCCAGGUGGAGGCAGCCGUCAACCACAGGGGUCAACCUGCAUCUGGGUCCUCCUCCACCUACCUCUCUCUGGGCUUCUAUUUCUACCGCGAUGAUGUGGCUCUGGAGGACGUGGGCCACUUCUUUUCUGAGUCCACCAUGGAGAAGGGCAAGGGCGCCCAGCGAGCGCAGAAGCCGUCCCAAGAUGAAUGGGGUAAAACUCUGGACAAUAAGGAAGCUGCCACGGCCCCAGAGAAGAACCUGAGCCAGGCCCUUGUGGACCUGCACCCCUGGGCUCUGGCCGCGCAGACACCCACCCGUGACUUCCUGGACAGCCGCUUCCUGGAGGAGCAGCUGAAACUCAUCAAGCAGAUGGCGACCACCUGA